UCGGGCGGUAGACGCAGAAGAGGCAGCGGCGGUGGCUGCGAGUGAGAGCGGAUGUCGUUGCUUUGCGGCCGCGCGCACGCGUUCGGUUGGGUGGUCGCCGUGACCGUCUUGACGACGACGGAGUGCGCGAGUGCCUGUGUGCUGUCGCGUCUGGACUGACGACGCCGAGAAGCGGAAGAAGAAGAGGAGGAGGAGCACCUUGGCAGCGGCGGCGUCCUGUUGUGGCGAUGGGCGGCCUCGGCGCGACCGGGCCCUGGCGCGCGAAGUUCGCCGCGGCCCUGACGGCGCUGGUGCUGAUCGCUGCGGCUGACGCUGCGGUUGACGUUCGUGCAUUUGAAAAUCAACAUUCUCAAAACGAAGGAAAUCCUUUCGCCUCUUCUGAGAGGCUGUUGGGAGCGGGUCUCCUUGCUCUCGACGAAGGCCGCGCGCCAACAGGUUCCACACUUGAAGCUCCUGCGCCGUUGACUUCAUUGUUAGUCUUGCCACGCGCGUCUCCGCCUCCCUUACCUCCGCCCUCUGCCUCUUCCUUGUGCUCCUACGCCUCCUCUUCCCUGCCUCCACCCCCGCCUCCACCCCUUCUCCGCCUCCACUCCAUCUCCAACCCUGCUCCCAACCCCACCUCCACCUCCGUCUCCACCUUCGUCUCCGUCUCCGCCUCCACCGCCAACUCCGAUUCCCCUCCACCUACGCAGUUGUGGCUGCGGCCGUGCCAUCGGCGCCGUUGGUAG